AUGAAUAGAUCUAACGCUUCUGGAAGCUUCAGGGACUCCAUUGAGGACCAUCUCAAUGGGUCGGGUGUUGUUAUGGACGACCAUGAUGAGGGCCAUGUGAUUGAUGAAGAGAAUGAGGACGAGGAAGAAGAAGAAGAUGAUGAUGAGGAAGAAGAAGAUGAUGAGGAAGAUGAAAAAGACGAAGAAAUCCUCUCUGAUGCGGAUAUGAAAGAGGAAUAUUACGACAGGCUUCGGAAAAUCGAAGCACAAGGGCUAGUGGACAUUGGGAACUUGGCGCUUUGGACUCUUUCGUCUUAUAAGCCAGGAUGUGGGCUACAGGAGCUUCGAGCUGACAGUCCUGAAACCUAUUGGCAGUCAGAUGGGGUGCAGCCGCAUCAUUUGAAUAUUCACUUCAACAAGAGAGUACAGAUCAAGCAAAUCUCGAUCUUUAUAAACUACUUUUUGGACGAGAGUUACACUCCUUCGAAGAUCAUGAUUUUGGCGGGCAAUGGCUCACACAAUUUGAAAGAAGUGACGACCAUAGAGAUCAAUGAGCCGGUUGGCUGGACAAAUAUCGAGUUUGGUGAUGCCCGGCAUGAUGGUAUUCUCAAAACAUUAUUUAUAAGAGUGGUAGUAAUUGCCAACCAUCAAAAUGGGAAAGACACUCAUAUCCGAGCCCUUAAGCUUUUCAGCCCGAUUAGCAACACUUCAUUCGAUAUCAUCACCAACAAAAAUGAGCAAAAUAUUCCCCAAAACCCAGAGUUAUCCAAUAUUCCUUUCAGUUCUGUCAAGUUUCUUAGCGAAUCACAGAUCCGGUGA